ACGCUUCCAGACACGCGUAGCCUCAGACGGAACCGUCUAUCUCUCUGUGUGUGAGAGAGAUAGAGAGAAGGGAGGAGAGACUGGGCGUACUUCUGCCUGCCAUGACGCUGGAGGAGGGAGGGAGGGGAGACUUGGUGGUAAAGAGCGAGGGAACUCCGCGUUUGCAAAGCAUCCCGGCGAAUGAGCUGAGGCACAGUGUCUGAGGACAGCCGGUCCGCAGGGCGAGCUUGUGUUGUCAGUCGCUGGACCCGCCCGCUAGAUUCCUGCAGGACAAGAGGGAAAGAAGCCAAGAAGACCGGCAUGGAAGGAACCAGGGCUACGUCAAGCGUGUUUAUUUCUUCCUGAUCUCUCUCUCACACACACAUACUCUCGCAUCAAUAAUUCACUUUAGGGCUUUCCCCCCCUCUUCCCUUCCUAGAUGCGGAGGGGGGGUUGGGCGGCGAAGAGAAACGGCGCGCUGGGAAGUCCCGCUUUGGUCCGGAAGGUGUUGGAAAGGGUCUCUCGGAGUGCUUUUUAAAGGACACGCGCGUCCCUCGGACAACAAGCCGAAGGAGCCAGACAGGAGACGGACUUACCCCCCUGCCCCUCCCCGCUCGUCCUCUCCUUCUGGAAAUGCUGGACGUGCGCAAGAGAAGCAGGCGCGGGUGCUGAGGCGCUGGUAGCGAGGGGUGCGUGUGUGUGCCCGUGGUUUUCUGUCUUCCCCUCUUCCGCACGAAGGCUGCGACGGGCGGUUUCGCGGCUGGGGUGCGUGGCAAGCGGGCGAGGGAGCCAGGCACCGAGGGCGAGAGGGAGCGGGGAGGCAAAGGCGGCGGCGGCGGCGGCGUCCUAGGCGCGCUCCAACGAGCCGAGCGCAUCCGGAGCUCUCCCUGGUGCUGAACCAUGGGCGUGCCGAGCCGAGCGCUGUCCAUGGUGCCGACCGUGCUCCUGGCGCUGGCGCUCCCGAGUUGGCCCGUCUGGGCGCAGAAUGACACGGAACCCAUCGUCCUGGAAGGGAAAUGCUUGGUAGUGUGCGAUUCCAAUCCGGCCACCGAUGCCAAAGGAUCGUCGUCUUCUCCUCUAGGGAUCUCGGUACGGGCGGCCAACUCUAAGGUUGCUUUCUCGGCGGUCAGGAGUACCAACCAUGAACCUUCCGAGAUGAGUAACAAAACCAGGAUAAUCUACUUUGAUCAGAUCCUAGUAAAUGUGGGCAAUUUCUUUACGCUGGAGUCUGUCUUUGUAGCACCAAGAAAAGGAAUUUACAGUUUUAAUUUUCAUGUAAUUAAAGUCUACCAGAGCCAAACAAUCCAGGUCAACUUGAUGCUCAAUGGGAAGCCGGUCAUUUCUGCUUUUGCUGGCGACAAAGACGUCACUCGCGAAGCUGCCACAAAUGGAGUGCUGCUCUAUCUAGACAAGGAAGAUAAGGUUUAUCUGAAACUGGAGAAAGGUAAUCUGGUUGGUGGAUGGCAGUACUCAACAUUUUCUGGCUUCCUGGUCUUCCCUCUGUAAGGUCAGUUUCCCUGUGAUGUUCACGCAGGUGUGGACCAGUCAUUGCUUCUGUUCUUCGAAGAUCAUCUCCUCAUCUUUUGGAUCAAUGUUUCCUUUCUUGGUUUCUCAUGGGUGAACAUGGAUUCUAUUGUACGGCAUUUUGACCCUCUCUUGAACUCCCUUGAGAUUUCAGCGAAUUUGUGUGUUUAAAUCCAGUACAUUUGGAUUAAGACUUGAAGCGGACAAUAAAUAUCUAUGCUUGAUGUUACAGAGAAAAGCUGCCUGCAAGAUUUAUUCUGAGUUCCUUUACAGGAUAUGUUGGAUUUUUGGAGGAAGUGGAUAAUUAUUGUUAUCUCCCCUCACCCCCUGCUUUGUUUUGUUUUUUUUAAAGACUGGCAACCAGAUCUAUAAUUUAAGAAUCUUUGAGUUUGUCUUCAAUCAAGAUUAAUGCAUAGCUGCCAAAGAAUUGUUCACUGAUAUAUUAGUUAUACGAUGUCUUUGUUCCCUGCACUCUAAAAAUUAACAUAAAUUCAUUUCGUUCUGUUGGGAAGGAAUAGAUAAUGGUUAUUGAUAAGUGAUUGAGUGCAUUAUUCUCUGUACAAUGUCAUGGGUGAUAACUCUUAGAUAUUUUUUCUUCAACUAGUUUAUCACAAAGAAGACUACCCUACUGAAAGUCUCUAGGCCAUGGCUGGAUGUUAUUUGCACAUCGAAGGAAUUUAUAUUCUACAGAAAGUAUUUUGUAGUAACAGAAAGAGACUAUCUUGCAAAGAAAAAAAAUGCUGAUCAAGGUUAAAUGGAACCAUUUUGGCAAACCUCUGCAGAAAGGCUUGCUCCGCAGGCAAAUUAUUCACCUUUAAUUAGCAUGAUUGAUAAUAACCACUCUGUUUAAAAAAAACACACAGAAGGGAUUAAUUCCUUAGACACAUUGAAUUCAUUAGUUGGUGAUGAAAAUUCUGCCCUCUUGUUUUUAAUUAUGUCUGUUCCUUGAGCCUUCUGUUGUUUUUGAAGUGUCAUCUGGUUUUGCCUUAACUCCACAACUGUAUAUAAUGAUGGUAAAUAUUGUGGGGAUUGUCCAGACUAAGUUAAGCCCUGCAUCAUGCAAUCCUAUGCAUGCCUAUUCAGAGGCAAGUGCUAUUGCAGUUAGUGGGUCUUACUCCUGGGUGAACGUGUAUAGGAUUGCAGUCUUAAGGUCCAGCUCCUUUCAGUCAACGGGUCUUAAGUGCAUGCUUAACUCUUGCUCUGAAAUCGAUGAGACUUGGAUGUGGUAACUUUGGCUGCAUUGCGACUCAUCUGUUUAGCAAAUAUUCAGUCCAAAUAGCCAGUACCUAAAGUUGGUGCAAUAUCUUUUCUGUCCUUUUUGUAA